AUGAGGUUAUUGAAGUUGUGUAAGUAUGCAUUGCAGAACAUGAGAGACAAUGAUUGGGAUACUUUGUUGAGUAAGGUAAUUGAAUUUUGUGUUGAUAGACAUAUUUCAGUGCACAAUAUGGACGAUAUUGCAGUAUUGAAAGAUUCAAUACUGCAAGAGUUGAAUGAUCGUUUUCCAGAAACAACUACUGAGCUUUUUACUUGCAUUUCAUGUUUAAGUCCAAGAGAUUCAUUUGUAGCUUUUGAUGUUUCUAAAUUGGUACGACUUGCUCAGUCAUAUCAUUUGGAUUUCAAUAGUGAAGAGCUUUUAUUACUUAGACCUCAACUUGACAAGUUUCUUAUGCUAGUGAGAAUGGAUGAAGCUUUCUUCAACCUCAAAAGCAUAUCUUGUGUAGCUCAGAAGCUGAUCCCAUUGGUUUUGAUAUUACUUGUAGCAGCUGCAAGUGUUGAAAGGGUAUUCUUUGCUAUGAAUCUAAUCAAGAAUAAUCUGCGCAACAAAAUGGGAGAUGAAUUGUUGAAUGACAAUUUGGUGGUUUACAUGGAGAAAUAUCUUUUUAUAAAACUUGAUAAUGAGACAAUAUUGCAGCGUUUUCAAAUAUGCGACCUCGUAAGAUUCAGUUGUCUAAGCUUACAACUUCGGAGUAAGGUUGCACCACAACCUACUUAG